AUGCUCUCCUUUGAUUCAGCUCUCGAAGAAAACCUACAACAAUUACGCAAUCAGUUUCAUACAAUUUCUGUCGUUGCGAGACCGAGUAAAGAGCACCGCAAUUCCAUUCAUGAAAUUGCAUCAACUAGGACCCAAGCGAGGAAACAUGGGGAGCACGCACAGCAGAUACAAGAUGAUCUUGAGUCAGCCAGAUCAAGGCUAGUCAAUGAUGGUCUCGAUCCAGCUCCUCCAAGGUCGUCUCUUAACAAGGCCAACCCCAAAGGAAACAACCCACGAGGCAAAGCAUUAGCCCGAAACCAUUCAUCCUUACGAACACCUGCCAUGGAAACUGUCAACCAUUCAGAACCAGUGCCAUACGCUGUGGAUGACAGUACAUUCCUUAAUAUUCUAUGCCCCUCACAUCUCCUUUCUUCGUCCACUUCCCCCUUCCGCGAGACUUCUUUUGAACGCCGGUUGCAUCGCGCCUGUUUGAAGAAUGGAUAUCACUUGUUGGUAGAUCCCACCACAGAUCCAGACAAUGUGAGCCGGAUGUUCAGGCUUCCAUUGACUCUGUCAACCCGAGAUUCCAUAGUCCAAAAGGUGAAAGGUCUUCUUGAAGGUGGCUUAGACGAAGCUCCAGAGAUGUGGGAUAUGCCUUUCUUCUUGCUAGGGGGCGCGGGGACUCAUUAUCCUCGGAGAGAUCACAUAGGGAAACCUAUCCUUCCUCCGAAUGCAUUGCCGGUGAGUAAACUUAUCGGUGCUUUUGUACAUAAAAAUACAGACCCACAAUCCUUCCACAACGAUCAUGACCUUCUGGCCAACCUUGGUCUCGAUGGUGAGUGGCUUGAUUCCUAUGACGUGGAAGGCUAUCUUAGGGAAAAGGGUAUCUUCUUGAGUGCCGAUACUGCAUUCUGCAGAGUUCCCGCACGUGCAUUCUCAAUGGAGUCCCGACCUUCCGACAUUAUAGGUGCCAAUGCUCGACAUGUCAUGGCAACGGACGAAUCAGCCCACAGACAUAUGCUUCCUCAUAACGUGGAUCUUAUUGAACUUCAAUCAAGAGGACGCGGAUCAGACAUACAGGUAUUAUUUUGA